GUCUGGACGAGGGGCGGGGCCCGUUGGCCCCUUUAAAGCCUUGACAUCAAGAGGCGGCUCCGGUACCCCCCUUUUUCUGCCCCCCCAAGAUGCGGCCAUGGGCCCGGCGGACCAGGCCUGCCGAGCUCUGCACCUGAUCUCGGUGAGGUGACCAAUCUGGCUGCCAGAGUGAAUGUGCCAGCCUGGGUGAGGAACAGAGACUGCCUGCUAGGACCUGACUGACACCCAAGGCCAUGGAGCAGCCAGCUGGAGACACCGGAAGCCUGAGGCCGGUGGCUGGUGACGAUGGCAGCAUGGAGCUGGGCACCUGCCAUGAGCUUCUGCACCGACUUCGGGAGCUGGAGGCCGAGAACUCAGCGCUUGCCCAGGCCAAUGAGAACCAGCGGGAGACUUACGAACGCUGUCUGGAUGAGGUUGCCAACCACGUGGUGCAGGCGCUACUGAACCAGAAGGACCUGCGGGAGGAGUGUAUCAAGCUGAAGAAGAGAGUGUUUGAUCUGGAGCGGCAGAAUCAGAUGCUAAGCGCGCUGUUGCAGCAGAAGCUGCAGCUCACCGCCAACUCCCUCCCUCAGAUCCCACUCACCCCACUCCAGACACCAUCAGAACCACCAGCCUCCCCAUCCCUGAACGCUGCUGAGGGACUGGCCACCUCACUGCCUUUAGGACACUAUGCUGGGCAAAGAGAGGUGUGUUGGGAACAGCAGUUGAGGCCAGGAGGCCCAGGCCCCCCAGCCACUCCACCCCCGGUGCUGGAUGCCUUGUCCCCAUUUCUUCGGAAGAAAGCUCAAAUAUUAGAGGUGCUGCGCGCCUUGGAGGAGACUGACCCUUUGCUCUUGUGCUCAUCGGCCAACCCCUGGCGGCCCCCAGGCCAGGGCCCCAGCUCCCCAGAGCCCAUCAAUGGCGAGCUCUGUGGCCCACCGCAGCCUGAGCCCUUGCCAUGGGCUCCCUAUCUGCUGCUUGGCCCUGGGAGCCUAGGAGCACUGCUGCACUGGGAGCGUCUCCUGGGGGCCUCUGGGGAAGAGGGAGGCAUCCGGCAACCCUGGGCCCCUAGCAGGGCCCCACCACCACCCCAGGGCCCCAGCUCUGGCCCACACUGUGCCCCAGGCAGUAGCUCCUCCUCCUCUUCUGAUGAAGCAGGUGACCCCAAUGAAGCACCCAGCCCUGACACCCUGCUAGGUGCCCUGGCCCACAAGCAGGUGAAUCUGGGCCAACUCCUUGAAGACACAGAGACUUAUCUCCAGGCUUUCCUGGCUGGGGCUGCAGGCCCUCUCAAUGGCGACCACCCAGGUGCUGGGAAGCCAUCCUCACCAGAUCCAGGAGCCCCACAGCUUUCCAAGUCCAAAGGCCUCCCAAAGUCAACUUGGGGUGGGGGUACCCCAGAGGCCAGCAGGCUGGGAUUUGGUGCUACCUCAGAGGGCCAGGGGCCCCUCCCCUUCCUCAGCGUGCUCAUGGGUGCCGGGGAUGCCCCACCGGCUUCACGGCCUGGCCAUGUCCACUCUUCAUCUCAGGUGAAAAGCAAGCUCCAAAUUGGGCCCCCUUCACCCGGGGAAGCCCAAGGACCCCUUCUGCCCUCUCCAGCCAGAGGUCUUAAGUUUCUCAAGCUGCCUCCAGCCUCAGAGAAGGUCCCCAGCCCAGGAGGCCCCCAACUCAGCCCCCAGCUCCCCAGGAAUUCUCGAAUCCCCUGUCGCAACAGUGGCUCAGAUGGUAGCCCCUCUCCACUCCUGGCCCGCAGGGGUCUGGGUGGGGGAGAGCUGUCCCCAGACGGGGCACAGGGCCUGCCCAGCAGCCCUUCACCCUGCUCUACAAUCCCAGACUCUGUGCAGCUUAGACCCUCCCAGUCAUCUGUGUCCACUACACUGUCUCCAGGACCAGCAGCAUCUCCCUGCUUUGAAAACAUUCUGGACCUUUCCCGGAGCGCCUUUAGAGGGUCUUCCCCAGAGCCGACUCCAUCCCCACUACAGAUGCCCGCCUACUCACAACUGACUCUGGAGGUACCCCAGGCCCCUGAGGUCCUCAGGAGCCCUGGAGCCCCCAGCCCUGGCCUCUCAGAAUCCUGCCCCUAUGGGAAUCCCCAGGACAAGAGUCUGGACAAGGCAGGUUCUGAGUCUCCCCAUCCCAGCCGCAGGACUCCAGGUGGCUCAUCCAAGAAGCCUGGCCAGGGAUCAGGGCGGCGACCUGGUGAUCCUAGCCACACACCUCUACGGGACAGAUUGGCAGCCCUUGGCAAACUGAAGACAGGCCCCGAGGGGCCUCUGGGUCUAGAAAAGAAUGGAGUGCCGGCCCGGCCUGGCACUGAGAAGACCAGGGGACUGGGACGGUCAGGUGAGAGUACUGGAGACAUGCCCACCAGCACGAGGCCUCUUGAACAGACAGAAGCUAAGGGCAUCCUGAGGGGAGCCGUGGCCUUAGGCACAAGCAGCCUGAAGCAGCAGGAACUGGGACUGACGGACCCUGGGACCCGAGUCUAUUCCUCCCACUCCAUGGGCGCUCGGGUGGACCUGGAACCCAUCUCACCAAGGAGCUGCCUCACCAAAGUGGAGUUAGCCAAGAGCCGGCUGGCAGGGGCUCUGUGUCCCCAGAUGCCCCGCACACCCGCAAAAGUGCCAACCCCAGCCCCUAGCCUGGGCAAGCCCAAGAGCCCUCACAACAGCCCAACAAAGCUACCCUCCAAAUCACCCACCAAGGUGGUGCCCCGACCUGUGGCACCCUUAGGUGCCAAGGAGCCCUCCAAGGCUGACAAAGGCCAGGCUACACCCCCAGUACCUGGCCCCACUGACCCAAGCCAGGGCUCAGGAGGCCCAGCCCCACACUCAGCCAUUGAGGAGAAGGUGAUGAAGGGCAUUGAGGAGAACGUCUUGCGACUUCAAGGUCAGGAACGGACACCAGGCUCUGAAGCCAAGCACCGCAACACUAGCAGCAUUGCCAGCUGGUUUGGCCUUAAAAAGAGCAAACUGCCAGCUCUGAACCGCCGCACAGAAACUACCAAGAACAAGGAAGGGGCCAGUGGGGGCUCCCCACUCCGGAAAGAAGUCAAGACAGACACCCGGAAGCUGGAGGCUGAGAGCCUCAACAUCUCCAAGCUGAUGGCUAAGGCAGAGGACCUACGCCGGGCACUCGAGGAAGAGAAGGCCUACUUGAACAGCAGAGCCCGCCCACGGCCCUCAGGCCCAGCCACAGUGCCUGGCUCAGGUCUGGGGCAGGUGCAAGGCCAGCUAGCUGGCAUGUAUCAGGGUGCGGACACCUUCAUGCAACAGCUCCUGAAUAGGGUGGAUGGCAAGGAGCUGCCUCCCAAGAGCUGGCGGGAGCCCAAGCCUGAGUAUGGGGAUUUCCAGCCAGUGUCCACUGACCCUAAGAGUCCCUGGCCUGCCUGUGGGCCCCGGAAUGGCCUGGUAGGCCCACUUCAGGGCUGUGGAAAACCUUCUGGAAAGCCCAGCAGUGAGCCAGGUAGACGGGAAGAGAUCCCUUCAGAUGUCAGCCUGGCGGAGCCUGUUUCCACCGCACACUUCACAGCCUGUGGCUCCUUGACUCGAACCUUGGACAGUGGCAUUGGGACCUUCCCACCCCCAGAUCACAGCAGCAGUGGAACCCCCAGCAAGAAUCUCCCCAAGACCAAGUCACUGCGCCUGGAGCCUCCUCCUGGGGCACCCCCAGCUCGGCCUCCAGCUCUCACCAAAGUCCCUCGACGUGCCCACACACUGGAGCGGGAGGUGCCAGGCAUUGAAGAGCUGCUGGUGAGUGGGCGGCACCCCAGCAUGCCAGCCUUUCCUGGACUGCUCACUGCUCCUUCAGGCCACCGAAGCCAUCAGACCUGUCCUGAUGAUUCCUGUGAAGACCCAGGCCCUCCCCCACCUGUCCAGCUGGCCAAGAACUGGACCUUCCCCAACACCCGAGCAGCUGGCAGCUCCAGUGACCCCUUCCUGUGCCCACCCCGACAGCUGGAGGGACUGCCUAGGACCCCCAUGGCCCUGCCUGUGGACCGGAAGCAGAGCCUGGAGCAAGGCCGCACAUCUACGCCUCAGGGCCCAGCAUUUGGGGGCAGUCGUACCCCCAGCACGUCGGACAUGGGCGAGGAAGGCAGAGUGGCCAGUGGGGGAGCUGCCGGGCUGGAGACCUCAGAGUCCUUAAGUGACUCACUCUAUGACUCACUGUCCUCCUGUGGGAGUCAGGGCUGAUGGACCACACCCACUACGGUUCCUCCGGAGCUGGAACCCCAGGCUGGGCCUACCUGGGCCUACUUUCACGAUCCAUGCCUUGGAGCCAGUGAGGCUCCAUCUGAAGGGACCAAGGAAAAGGUGAAUAAGAAGGUGACAGGAGUCCCUGGCAUACCCCACUGCUGCUGUGGAUGAGACAACCAUGCUCAGCUCAGGGAGAGACCUCACCCCUGGUCCCUUGACUCCCAGAGUCAGGCUCUUCUCUAAGGGACUGGGGGCCCCAGGCUGCUUUGUCCCAGCUCCCACUUCACGCGGAGCCAUCUUGUGGUGCUGGGCUUCCUGCCCGCCAACUCUGCCCAACCCGGCUGCAACCCUGCCCCAGAGCCCCCAUGGAGCCAAUUUUGGAAGCCCCAGGCUUGUGGAGUUUGGGGAUGAGGGGGACGAGUUGCCUUCUCUCUUUGCCCUGGUCCUCCCUGCUGUCUGAAUGGUGCUGCCUCCCUUCCCCACGUCUUUGGGGUCUGUUUGUCUGUCUUCAUCUUUGUUUUUAUAUAUAUAUAUACACACAUAUAUAUAAAGGCGCCUGGUUCAGUCCCCACACCCAACCCGCAUUGCGGUUAAUUUAUCUGUUGUUAAAAAGCGGCUGCUCUGCUUCCAGCCUCCGCUCCUGCAGUAACCCUAAUAAAACGUGGAGGCCUCUCCCCACUGUGA